GAAAUCAGAGAGAUGGUGGCUCCUGUGUUAAAAAGCUUCCAAGCCGAGGUGGUGGCUCUCAGUAAGAGGAGUCAGGAGGCGGAGGCGGCUUUUCUGAGUGUUUACAAGCAGUUAAUUGAAGCGCCAGACCCUGUGUCCAGGUUUGAGGUGGGGCGCAGCCUGGACAACAGACCGCAGCCCCCCAGCUGGGACCCCAGCAGCCAGGCCCGGCAAGACCCCCCCUCCCCGUGGAAGAGGCACCCGGAGCACCGCGGGCCCAAAGAGCAGAGGGACGGGCUGUGUCCCCCGGGACCCAUCCUGACUGAGGGCAGCUGCGUCCCCGGACCCCCCGGGAAAGCCCACCUGACAGACGCCUUGCUGCACCGGAAUGAGGCAGAGAAACAGAAGGGCCUUCAGGACGUCCAGCUCACCCUGGCAGCCAGACUGGGGGAGGCCGAGGAGAAAAUCAAGGUGUUACAUUCAGCGCUGAAGGCUACGCAGACGGAGCUGAUAGAGCUGCGCCGAAAGUACGAUGAGGAGGCGGCCUCCAAGGCAGAUGAAGUCGGCCUGAUUAUGACAAACCUGGAGAAGGCCAACCAGAGAGCCGAGGCCGCCCAGCGGGAGGUGGAGAGUCUCCGGGAACAGCUGGCCUCCGUCAACAGCUCCAUCCGCCUGGCCUGCUGCUCCCCGCAGGGGCCCAGUGGGGACAAGGUGAGCUUCGCCCUGUGCUCAGGACCUCGGCUGGAGGCUGCGCUGGCCUCCAAGGACCGCGAGAUCCUGCGGCUGCUGCGGGACGCGCAGCACCUGCGGCACUCCCUGCGAGAGCUGGAGGAGGCCUCGGCCAACCAGAUCGCCGACCUGGAGCGCCAGCUGGCGGCCAAGACAGAGGCCAUCGAGAAACUGGAAGGAAAGCUCCGCGCCCAGUCUGAUUAUGAAGAAAUUAAGACGGAGCUGAGCAUCCUCAAAGCCAUGAAACUGGCCUCCAGCUCCUGCAGCCUUCCACAGGGCCUGGCCAAGGCUGAGGACUCCAUGCUCAUAGCCAGGGAGACCUUCUUCCCCGCACCCAAGUUCCUGCUAGACAAGCCGGUGCUCCUGGCCAGCCCUGAGGAGGAUCCCUCUGAAGACGACUCCAUCAAGUGCUCGCUGGGCACGGAGGCCCCGUACCCCCCGCUCCCCCCGCCACAGGAGCUGCCCCCUCCACCAGGCCCCGAGGACCCCCUGUCACCCAGCCCCGGGCAGCCCCUGCUGGGCCCCGACGGUGCACGGACUUUCUCGCUGUCUCCCUUCCCCGGUCUGGCGUCAGGGGACCCGCUGCUGCCCAAGCCCGUCCCCUCCCCGGCCGCCUUCAAGGGGGAGGCUGGCGGCCUGCUGGUGUUCCCCACAGCCUUCUACAGCGCCAAGCCCCCCCCGGCCCCCGCCACCCCGGUGCCUGGGCCGGAGCCCCCUGGAGCCCCCGAGCCGGCCGACGGAGCCGGGCCUGCGGCGGAGGAGGAGCAGCUGGACACGGCGGACAUCGCCUUCCAGGUGAAGGAGCAGCUGCUCAAGCACAACAUCGGGCAGCGCGUGUUCGGCCAUUACGUGCUGGGCCUGUCCCAGGGCUCGGUGAGCGAGAUCCUGGCCAGGCCCAAGCCCUGGCGCAAGCUCACAGUGAAGGGCAAGGAGCCCUUCCUCAAGAUGAAGCACUUCCUGUCCAACGAGCAGAACGUGCUGGCCCUCAGGACCGUCCAGGUGCGGCAGCGAGGCAGCAUCACUCCAAGAAUCCGCACGCCGGAGACAGGCUCGGACGAUGCCAUCAAGAGCAUUCUGGAACAGGCCAAGAAGGAGAUUGAGUCUCAGAAAGGGGUCCCGCCCUUCGCGCCGCGCGCGCUGCGCCCCACGGUGCCGCCGCUGACGCCCGAGCAGUACGAGCUGUACAUGUACCGCGAGGUGGACACGCCCGGCCUCACGCGCAGGGUCAAGGAGAAGCUGGCCAAGAACGGCAUCUGCCAGCGGGUCUUCGGGGAGAAGGUGCUGGGCCUGUCGCAGGGCAGCGUGAGCGACAUGCUGUCCCGGCCAAAGCCUUGGAGCAAGCUGACGCAGAAGGGCCGGGAGCCGUUCAUCCGCAUGCAGCUGUGGCUGUCAGACCAGCUGGGCCAGGCCGGGGCUCAGCCGCCCAGCGCCGCCCAGGCCAGUCCCCUGGAGCUAAGGUCUUCACCAUCACCACCCCCAAGCCCCACGGGGCCGGAGAAGAGCUCCCCGGAGCCCCUGAGCCUCUCUCUGGAGAGCAGCAAGGAAAACCAGCAGCCUGAGGCGCGCCCGGGCACCACACCCACCGGGAAAACAUACUCCGGCCAGGCCGUAGGGGGCAUCCAGGAAAUUGUGGCCAUGUCCCCCGAGCUGGACACAUACUCCAUCACCAAGAGGGUCAAGGAGGUGCUGACAGACAACAACCUAGGGUUCAGCUGUGUGACCCUGGCAAACACCCCACCCCCUCUGGAUGCCAUCACCUGCAGUCCUGCCGAGUCUGGGGUCCGCACCCGCUAG